AUGGGCGAAAUUUCAAGUUCAGGUUACAAGGAUUACGUCGCUGGCUUGCUCGCUGGAGUUUCCGCUGUAGCCACCGGCCACCCCUUUGAUACCGUUAAGGUGAAGCUGCAGAAGCAUAACGCAGAGCCACAUCUAGUUCAGUACAGAAAUGGAUUGCAUUGCACUGCUAGGAUAUUCAAAACUGAAGGAUUGAAAGGAUUUUAUAGAGGAGCAACAUCAUCUUUUGCUGGGAUGGCUUUGGAAGGAUCUCUCUUUUUCGGCAUUUAUUCCCAGACAAAACAGUACCUUCAGGGCGGCGUGCAAAACGGUGCACCACGGCCUCAAGUUAUACUACCAUCUGCAGCUCUUAGUGGUGCCAUCAUUAGUUUUGUGUUAGGUCCAACAGAGCUGAUAAAGUGUAGGAUGCAGAUCCAAGGCGCCGACUCUUUAGUUCCGAUGUCAAGUAGAUACAGUAGUCCUUUUGAUUGUAUUGCUAAAACUUUAAAAACUGAAGGGGUGAAAGGAAUUUUUCGUGGAAGUGUUACGACAUUGCUUAGAGAAUCUGUAGGGAAUGCUACUUUUUUAACUGUAUAUGAAUAUAUGCGUUAUCACAUGCAUUCACACAUCAAACCUGCUUCAUCCAAUUACAACAACUUGAUUGAAAUGGGAAUCGGGGUUGUUACUGGUGGCAUUGGCGGUGUGGCUUUUUGGGUGGUAGCUAUGCCUCUCGACGUGGCAAAGACUCUAAUUCAGACAAAUCCCGAUAAAAACUGUCAGAGAAAUCCGUUUAUGGUUUUGAGUUCUAUCUACAAGAGGACUGGUUUGAAGGGGUGCUACACAGGUCUGGGCCCCACCUUAAGUCGAGCGUUUCCGGCUAAUGCAGCAACGAUUGUCACCUGGGAGCUAGCAUCAAAAUUGCUUGGCGUUAGGCAUGACUAA